CUAGGCCUGCGUGAGAGAAGAUAAAUAGCUGUACCACUGCAAAGUAGUACCGUAAUCUGAAUUUAUAUAUUAUUAGAUAGGUUGUUUGACUGGUGAGUCAAGUGAACGAAGUUAAGAAUCGUGAACCAGUGUAUGCAGUACACUGAGGAGAUUUUGCCAAAAAGUUUAGUUCUUUCGCGAACUGCACAGCAAGAGUAAAUACCCAGCUAAAUUAGCCACUUAAUUAUUUUGUGUUGGUUUGACCGGACUCGCUUUGUCCAGGUUAGUUUUUCUUCAACCAUGAGAGACUAUUAAGUACCUGUGCACGAGCAUUGCUCCAGAAGAUGACCAUAUGACAUUAACAGGUCAAGAUGAAUCUGGAGAGCUACUUUAAGAGGAUUGGUUUCAAUGGGCCAUUUGACAAACCAGACCUUGAAACCCUGAAGAAUGUUCACAAGAAACACAUCCUGUCAAUCCCAUUUGAAAACCUCAGCAUUCACUGUGGAGAGAGGAUCACCAUGGACCUUGAGUUCAUUUACACCAAGAUUGUAAGGAGCAAUCGAGGAGGCUGGUGCUGUGAAAACAAUCUGCUUUUCUCCUGGGUGCUCAAGGAGAUGGGAUAUAAUUACACAACACUGGGAUCAAGAGUGUACAACAGCGCCAAAAAGGAAUUUGGCCCAUUGGAAUCCCACCUCAUCAACAAGGUGAUCAUAGAUGGAAAGGAAUACAUAGCAGAUGUGAGCUUUGGGGUGUCUGGUCAAAUACGGGAUCCCCUCGAACUCAUCUCUGGGAAAGAUCAACCCCAGCUCCCUGGUGUCUUCCGCUUGGUAGAGGAAAGUGGAAUAUGGAUUCUAGAGAAAACCGGAAGAAAGCCACUUAUUCCAAAUGAGAGCUUUGCCAAUUCAAAUCUUCUAGACAAGAGCUUGACUAAACAAAUCUACUGCUUCACCCUAGCACCACGUAGGGUUGAUCAUUUCCUAGAAACCACCCAAAUCCUGCAGACGUCUCCAGAAUCUUUAUUCACUAACAAAUCCAUCUGCUCCCUGCAGACACCAACUGGAUUUCGAGCACUUGUUGGCUGGACAUACAGUGAGGUCACGUACAAUCACCAGGAAGGAAUUGAUCUGUUUGAGAUGAAUGAUAUACCCAAUGAUGAAAUAGACAGGCUAUUGAAGGAAAAGUUUGGUGUUGUGUUAAAGAAUAAACUUACUCCCAUAAACAUCAAAGCCUGUUACACCAUUUGACUGUACACAAGUCAUGUCAGACUGGGGCAACACCUA